AUGGUGAACUCCUCCGUGUCUCUGCUACCUCCCUCCUCUCUGCAGCUCUCUGAGGAAUCGGCCUCGCUGCUCUGCCUGCUCUCAGCCUAUUCUCCACAGGGGGCGCUGCUGAGCUGCACCAUGGAUGGUGCCGAGGUGAACGAGGGGGUUCUGACCAGCACAGAAGAACAGAAGAAUCCUGACCCUCUUCAAAGAAUUCUGGGAAGAGUCCGAGGUGUUCGGCUUAGAGGUUCAGUGGUUAAGGCUCUGAGUAACAGAGCAGAAGGUCAGGGGAUCGAGCCUCAGCACUGCCAAAGCAGCAGGGUUUUUGUACGGCCGCUAAACCUGUUUGUAUCACUGUGGUGGACUUUUGGUGGAGGAACCAAACUGUCUGUGGGCCGUGUCACUCAGCCCAGUGUGACGGUGUUGCCUCCCUCCAGUGUGGAGCUGCAGCAGGAGAAGGUCACACUCAUGUGUGUUGCCGACAAGGGCUUCCCCUCGGACUGGACACUGAGCUGGAAGGUUGAUGGGAGCAGCUGGAGCUCGGGGGAGAGCCGCAGCACCGCCGUUCUGCACGCGGACGGCCUCUACAGCUGGAGCAGCACGCUGAGCCUCCACCCGGAGCAGUGGAGGAACAAGGUGGUGACCUGUGAGGCCUCCAAAGACAACCAACCUACUGUGGUGGGCAGAGUGAACACAGAGCAGUGCUCAGAGCUGUGA